UCCCAUUCUUCUCCCAUCUCCGCCAUAUCCCACGAAACGGGCAUGGAAUCUUAUACCAAGGCCCGGCGAAGAAGAUUGAGAUUUCGAGCUGUGGGAAAUGGAGUUUGAGGUCUCCUACAGCCUGGAAAACGAGCAGCAGUUCUGGGAUGAACUGGAUGAGAUUGUAUCUACGCAAUGUGACUCGGAAGAUCGUAUCGACAAUGCCCUGCGAAGUUACUUGAACUUCACCACCAAGUACAAAGAGGACUACCUCCAUUCCGAUUACGACAUAUCGCGUUGCUCGUACAAGCUUCUCUCCUCGACACUCUUUCUCGAUCAUGCGGACUACGUGCGAAGACAGAUCAUCUACAGUCUGUUGCAGGAAGAUGAAUCGGAUUCCCUCCACCUGAUAGCGUCAUUUCUCCUCUUUGACGGUCGGCAGAACGAGAAUACCUUCAUUGUGAUGAGCGAGGAGGGCUUGUUCCCUCGGCUGCUAGAAUUAAUACAGGCUCAGAAGAAAGAUGACCCAGAGAGUGCUGGCACUGGCCUUCAUCGGAUUUUGAUGGAUCUGCUGUAUGAGAUGGCGAGGAUUCAGAGGCUGAGGAUUGAAGAUCUUGUUCUCGUGGACGAUGAGUUCAUCAAGUACCUCUUCGAACUUAUCGAAGAGCUCUCUUGUGACUCCAAUGACCCAUAUCACUAUCCCGUCAUCCGUGUGCUGCUUGUUCUGAACGAGCAGUUCAUGAUUUCGGCCCAUGACCCAGUCGAUGAGCGUGCUGCAUAUGCUCCCCCAACGAACAAGGUUAUCAAGGUUCUUUCAAUGCAUGGUAGCUAUUAUAAAACAUUUGGUGAGAAUAUCAUUCUCCUUAUUAAUAGAGAAGCCCAAACGUCAUUGCAGCUUCUGACCCUAAAACUUCUGUAUCUUAUUUUUACAACCCCCAGCACUUACGAAUAUUUCUAUACUAAUGACCUUCACGUCCUGGUUGACAUACUCAUUCGAAACCUUUUGGAUUUGCCGGAAGAGGCCGUUCCCCUGCGGCACACCUACCUGCGCGUUCUCUAUCCGCUACUGGCGCACACGCAGUUGAAAUAUCCUCCGCACUACAAACGAGACGAACUUCGGCGAAUGCUAAACCUCCUGGUUCCCGGGCUCUUCUCUGCUGGUGACGAAGAACAUGAGAGGAUCAUACAUUUUGACGAUGCGGAUAGCACUACGAAACGACUUGUUUCGCGGUGCGCGAGUGUCGAAUGGUUGCAGGACGAGGACAGAUCCAAUAGUCCAAAAGCUGGCUCGCCACGUGUGGACAGGGCAAUCUCUCAACAAUCUGAUACCGUUGCUUCUGUUCCUAUUCUGAGCUUGUCUCCUGGUACCGAAGACAAUGCGGAUACCGAUGGCCCAUUCGGGGCAACCAGAAUACUAUCCAGCCCUACAACGUGUAGUUCACCUGACACCUAUUCACCGACGCGGACCGACAUACAAGUACCAUCAGCUCGAUUUCAUCAAAGUCACAAGCCCAGCCUGGUGCAAUCACUCGGGGUACAAUUGCAACCUGCUACUUCAUCCUCAACGAGCGUCCAAGAAGUAGCGGCGGUUCAACAUGAACAGCGCUCGAGAAACACCCCGUCGCCUUCUUUUUCCGAUUCAACACCAAGCCCGACCAGGACAGAAAAGAAAUUCAAAGUCAAACCCGAGCCUCCAAAAGCAAGGCGAUGGCGCGGUAGACGUGGCCCAGGUGCCGAAGGCCACAGUCCAGAGCCGAGAUCGACCGCUAUCACGCCCCCUCCUCUUCCUCCUGCUUCUAUUGAUACCACUAUCGAGACAGUAACUGAACUGACCCACUCCGUCAGCACAUCCCUUGUGCCCCCCGUCCCAAGUUAUCCUCGCUCCGCUUCUCACUCUCCCCCAGCGGUACCUCCGCCCCGCAGAUCGACCAUCGCAGCACACAUACGCUCGCACCUAAUUACCGGGAGCAGUAAUGACAACCAUUCCAGUAACGGCCAUCGCGACAGCAACGCUACGUACAGUUCUUGCGAUUCUGUUGAGGCCGUAGGGACUACAGUCCCAAAUCUCCUGCAUCAGCCUCAUCAUAACAAGCAUGGCCCGAAACCUGAACCUCCGAAAUCGAGGCGUGGAAGCCGUACAGUCGCGAAACAUUCAUACGACACUUCUCUGGACUCUGUUGACAAUAAAUAAACAAUGACAGGAAACGAAAUGGCGCAUAGAACCGGGAAACCACAGCAUGUGUUCAGGAGUUAUGGGGAGAACAGGGUAAAUGGAUUGCUGUUGUACCGUUCUGGUAAAUCAUUAAGAUCAUACUGAUAUUGCCUGUUUUGGGUGAGUCUGGUUUGGUAUGUUCUCAAGUACAUACAUGCAUACACGUACAUACAUAUCUAAGACACCUUCGAGGCCUUCCUUUCCAUUUUAGUGCUCAGGUCUUGGUACCUUUUGCUCACUGAGCAGAUUUGAGUAGAGUGGAUGCUGGAGUGGGCAUUCCCUGAGCUGCUCAUGGGGUGGACGCUGAGUAGUAGACUUCCAUUUUAG